UUAUCCGAUCGAUUGAUAAUCCGAUUUUGGUCGAAAUACUAUCAAAACGCUCGAUUUUAAAUCGUGAAAUUUUCUAGCGAUCGUAAUACGAGUUUAGCCCAAAUGGGAUGUUACAAUUGUAGCUUGGAUGUUUGUGAUAGGAGUUUGCGGCUGCUGGGGGUGUCCACAUCGACCCCGACGGCAGUGCCGAUUGCAGCCAGCAAGGGGCAAAUUUUUACGUUGAGGGUUUGUUCGGCGACAACAUUUGCGCCGGAAGCUUCCAUGGAGAUAGAAAUUUCUUCGAAAGAGGCGGGGUUCCCGAAGGGCGGUACAUCAACGGCGACUGAUGAGAAUGGUGUCGCUUUGUUGUCGACGACGACAGGUGGAGAAAGCGUCGGCGGAUAGAGAAGGAGGGGAAGUGGAGAUGCUAAACAGAGAGGAGGAAGUGGAGAAGAGAUCCAUCAUUUAAUUUGUCGAUUUGUUAAAUUUUAAUUUUAAUUAAAUUACAAAAAUACAAGAAUAUUACUUAAUGACGUGGCACCAUGUAUAACCACAUCAACAGUUUUUUGUUGAGUCGCUAAGGGAAUAUGUGUUUGACCGUUAAUAUUAAUGGUCAACACUAGUUUGAGGACAAAUCUGUCUAAUAAUUUCAAAAGUAGGUCGUAAAUGUCUUAUUUCAAAAAUGAGGCCAUAACUAUCACUCACCCUAAACUUCGGGCUAAAUUAGGAUAUUAUUCCAUAAAAAAAUGUCAUGUGAGCAAAGUUCGUUAGUCCAGUCAGCAUUUAUAAUGAUUUCGUUAAAUUUAUUGACGGAAUGACUAUUUUAGUCUAUUUUUAUAAGUUGGCUAUUAUUGUAAAAAAAAUCGAUAGUAAUGGUUGUCCAUGUGUAUUUUGUCAUCCUAUUUUGACCAUUGAUAUACACCGGUAAAUCACCAUACAUAUUCUCUAUCAUUAAUACAUGCAUCAAUGUGAUUUUUUUAGUAGGACUUUGUAACACCCUACCCUAUACGUUUUGCCUAAUCAUAUUGUUCAUACAAUUGCAGCGGAAUUAAUCUCAGGUGUUACAUUAAUUAUCAAAAUUUACCCAAAUAAAAUUUCGACAUGAAUUACUCGCAUAAUAGGCUAACAGUUCUUGCAACUAAAACCUGCAAAAUAAUUCAUCACAAACAUAUAUACUUAAAACCAUAUACAUUGGCUUUUCUAGCCAUAGUUACAUUUUCAUACUCCACAACUGCACACCAUACUUAUACAUACCAUAAUCGUCACAACUUACACAGUUACACAACAUAUACACAUAUCAUCAACUCUCCACACCUGUGGAUAUCUCACACUACAUCACAAGCUAGUAUGCACAUGAAAAACGUUCUCAAAACAUUUUUACAAAAAUGUGUGGAUCACUGGCCAAAAUCCCGACUAGUAGUCCAAGCACAAAAUAGUUGAAGACCAUACCUCAUCUUGCCUUCAACUCUUGCUCAGCUCCCACCUAUACACCUAUCUACUGCUGCUGAUGAUGAUCUGCUUACACAUAGCAUAAGCAGAGAAAAAGGAUAAAGAGGGUCAGCUCAUAGCUGAGUGAGAUAAUCAUAGCAUCGUGAGUUCAUAACAGAGCAUACCCCUACCAUACACCUAGCAAACAAGCCAAAGCACUGGGAUCAGAUCUCAGCCCUCCAACACCCCAAUAGGCAAAAGACUCAACCACCUUGACUUAUGCAUCUUAUCAUGUUUUACUCAUAGGCGCCUGGCUACUCCCAUACUAAUAACUCUCUCGGGAAACAUACCCCACAUCCCGUCGGAUGUAGUCAUACAUACCCCAACAUCCCGUCGGAUGUGGUCAUACAUACCCCAACCCACUAUGGGUGUGGUCAUAUCUCAUAAGAAUUCUUCAGUCACCACCACAUGAGAGGUGUGACUAUCAUACAUAUCAUAAUAGAGUAAUCGCAUAGGGAGCCCUAAUUACUAUGUAGUUGACCGUGAGACCACAACACUCAUAUUUGGUAUCCCUAUACAUGAUUCAUAUCUCAUCUUGCUUAAUCAUAAUUCAUUACUUGCACAUGUACUUGACCUGGCCAUAAUUGGCUCAACAUAGGUAAAUCAGGAGUCGUAUAAUUGCACUUCCUCGGGAUAAACCCUCGUGCAAGUCAUCCUCCUUAAACAUCAUAAUAUCACCAUGGAAUAUAUAUUUUCCCACAUGUGCAUCCAAAUACAACAAUCAUGAAAAAUCAUAGCCAAUCACCUUUUCGAACCAUCAUGAGGCAUAUCAACAGUCAAGCCCACAAUUUGCAACAUAUACGAAAUCAUCAGCAUAAACAAGGUCCAUCUCGAUUAGGGCAAGUCAAUAAUAUCAUACAGUAGUC